AUGGAUAAGAUCUUAAAGAAAUAUAACUACUUUGAACGUAAACAUGAUUGUGCACCAUAUGAUUCAAGUGUUAAACUAUUUAAGAACACUAGUGACAGUGUUAGACAAACUGAAUAUGCGAGCAUCAUUGGUAGACUCGGGUAUACUAUUGAUUGUACCAUGCCAUAUGUCGUAGGACUGUUGCGUAGGUUUACAAGUAGAUCGAUUAAUGAGAAUUGGCAAGUCAUUGAGAGAGUUGUGCGAUACCUUAAGAAGAACAUGAAACUUAGUUUAUAUUAUCAUAGAUUUCCUAUUAUACUUGAAGGAUACAAUGAUGUGGAUUGGAAUACCGUAUCAGAUGAUUCCAAAGCAAUUAGCAGUUAUAUAUUCAAUAUAGCUAGAGGAGUUGUAUCUUGGAAAUCAAAGAAACACACUAUUUUGGGUCAGUUCACGAUGGAUUCUAAAAUGAUAUCAUUAGUUACUGCUACUGAAGAAGCAAGUUGGUUAAGAUGA